AUGAAUCCAGAACCUAUUACUUAUUCAUCUUUAAUUGUACUUAAUAUGAGUGCUUUUCCAAACUUAUCACUAUAUACAAAUGGAUUUAGCACAUUGAAUUUCGAAUUGAGAUCUUUUCACUAAUUGAGGGGUGAUUUAGAUCAAGAUUACUAGAAUUGUGUAUUUAGAAUAAUUCCUGUUUUGAAUUAUAAGGCUCAUGAUGAUCUUUUAAAUUAAUUUAAAGAUUCAAAUUUUAAAGAUUUAGAAGGUUAUGAAUAAAGUUAAAGAAAACAUAAAAUUUAAACCAUAUUGUUGAAUUUAGAAAAUGAACUUACAUCAAAUAUUUCAUUAACAAAAAAAUUAGCAGGUACUCCAUUAGUAUUUAGUUCAUCAAUAUUUCAUUUAGUUCAUGUUUCUUCACUAAAAUUCUUAGCAUUAGAUGAUCAAAAUUUGGAAGCAUUGUAAUUCAAAUUGAUUGACUUUCCAAACAAUAAUACAUUAUUAAAAUUUAAUCCAUGUUUAAAUUUUCAAAAAUUAAGAACUAAUUAAGUAUAUAGUGGAGAUGUAGUAUGUAUAUCAGCAAAUAAGUAAGUAUGUAAUAGAACAGCAAAUUUAUUUACAGAUUAUUGGGGAUUAAAUUAUUAUGAAUUAUAAGAUGAACCUUUAAAAUAUGAAGAAGAAGUUUCAAGAGCGAAAGUUAUAGCUUCUGUUGAAGAUUAAACUUAAUGGAGAAUCAAAAUAUUUUAAAAUUAAUAAGUGAAUGAUGAAGCUUUAUUUGUAGGUGAUGUAGCAAUAUUUCAUUUACCAGAAUCAAAUGUAUAAAAUUUAAUAUCAAUAGUUAUAUUUGAAUGCAAAAAAAACCUAAGAUAUAUAAGAAAAAGUCAAAGAAAUUUUGGAUCGUAAUAUUGUUGAUGAUAUUAGUAAUGUUAUAACAGAUAAAUUCGUUUAUAAUAAAUAAUAGACACUCUUUCCAGGAUAAUAAGCUGUAAUCUCAAGGUAAGUAAGUGAAGAAGUAGGAAAAAAUGAAUCAAAGAACUAUAAAUCAGAUUCAUAAAAUAGUAAUAUUUUUUAAAAAUAAAAAUCAAUACAAUCUCGUUCUUCUUAAAUUAUUUAACCAUCAAAAAACAUUAAAGAAAUUGAUAAAGCUCUAUACUCAGAACUUAAAUUAUAUUUUACUAAAUUUAUUGGAUAGAAAUCUGAUAGAGUUACAAUUCCCUUUAGUGCUUAUUGGAGAAUUGAAUCAGAUAGUUUUACAGGAGGAGAAGUUAAAUGGGAAAAAUGUUAUCGUAUUAGACAUUUUUAAACUGGCUAAUAUUUAGAUGUUAAUAUAAUGAGAUAAAUUAAACUUACAGAAUAAGUUACAAAAAAUACAUUAUUUUAAUUUGUUCCUAUUAAAAAAAAUUCUAAAUUCGUUGAUAAAGAAUCAUAUUUUUUAAUAAAACAUUUUUUAACUGGAAGUUACAUAAAUAUAAGAAAUGAUCAAGAAUUUGCAGAGGGAUCUGUAUGUAUAACCUAAGAUGUCGAUUUAAUUAAUUGUAUCAAAUUUAGAAAAACUGAUUAUGAAGAUAUAUGGGAAAAGAGAUUCUUGGUAUUUUUAGUACCUAUUUUAAAAGAAGCAAUAUCUUAUUUUGAAAUGCUUUAACCUCUUACAAGUAUAGCAUGCAUGAAAAAUAGUGAAGUCUAAGAAAGAAUUGAUUUUUAUUACCUUUUUGAAAAACUUAAUUCUUUACUUGAAAUCUUGAAUCAAUUUAUGUUUAAUAAGUUAGUGAGUAACAUUUAAACAACCCAAGAUUUUUCAUUUGUAUCUUAAAAUAGACAAGAUAUUAUUAGAGAAGAAAAUAUAUUACCUUUACUUAUAUGGUUAAUAUGUAAAACAUUCCCUAAUCCUGAUGAAAAAAUAGAAGGAACUGAAAAAAAUUUGAUUAAUGAUUUAAAAGGUGAGAACUCCUUUAUUUUGAGUUUUCAAACUAUGAUUUAAUAAAAAUUAGAUAAAACUAAUGAUGUAGGAUAUGAAAAAAAAUUAUAAAAGUUAAAAGAAUAAUUAGAAGAGAAUCAUAGAAAAAGAAAACGCCUAUUAUAAUUAAAGUUAUUUUAAACAAUAAAAAUAGCAUGCCACAAUAAUGUAUAAAAUUAAGAAAUUCUUAUGAAAUUUUUUAAACAUUUUGAGAAAUAUAUUACGCAUGAUUACAUAUGUACAACAAUAAGCUAAUGUAUAACAACAAAUUAUCAAAUUUUAAGUUUACUAAAUAAAUAAGAAAUAUUAUAUGAGAUGAAAUCUACAAUGAAUAUCAACGCUUCAGAAUAAAAAAAUUAUAAAAGCCAAAGUACAAUUUUAUCAAGACUAUUGGAUAUAAUUUCAAAAAGUGAUCAACUUCUACCAUAAUUAUUGCAUUUUCUAUCGGAAACUUGUGAAGCAAAUGGUGAACCUGUAUUUUCUAAUUAAGAAUAUUUAUUAAAUAGUAUUUAAGCAAUGAAUUAAAAGGUUAGAAAUGAGAAUGGAGAGGAAAAGUUUUAUAUGAAUUUAGAACCAUUAUAAGAAAAAGAAGGAAGUUAUAUAGAAUUUUAUAUUACAUAUAAAACAUCAAAUAAAACUUAUGUAACAAAAAUGUUACAUGAUUUUUUAAAUGAUUAUAGAUAAAACAAAGAUUAAGAUCAUUUAUAUGUAGUGUAAUACAAUUAUUUAAUUGAAUAAUUGGCAUUUUUUUCAAAUAUUUGUUUUCAUAGAAAUACAGCAGCAAGAGAAUUGAUAUCUAAAACAUUUACCUAUUCCUUUUUAUUGUCAUAUGCUGAAUAAAAUAAUGAUUUAUCUAAUUUAAAUGGAGACUAAUAUUUUGUUGAUGAAUAAGUUCGAGCGUAUUUUUUUAGAAUGAUUCGAACUCUUUACAUUGAUAGGGAACCUUACACAACAACUCCAAAACCAGAAUUAGUGAGAAUUUUAGAAGAAAAAACAACAUAAAAAACUAUGUUUCUAUUUGAUGAAACAUCAAGUUAGAAAUAAGAAAAAGGAGAAUUCGAUAUCUAAAAGUUGAAAUUGAAAAUGCUUAAGUAUUUAGAAGAUUAAUCAGAAAAAUUAAAGAAAAAUUUAGGAGAAGAAACUGUUUAUAAUUUAGAAACAUUAGAAAUUAUUAAGAUUUUAGAAUUGAUGCUUAAAUUUGAAUUAUUUUGGAAAAGAGAUGUUGAAGGACCAAUACAAAAAAAGAGUAUAAAUAAACGAGGAACAUCUUUUUAUAAUAAAAUAUCAGAAAAUGGUGUAGGAAUUAAAGAAAUUGAUAGAUUAAUUACUGCAUUAUCAACAAUUUUGGAAUAUGAUCAUUAAUACUUUAAAUGUUUAGAUAAUGCUUAAAUCAAAAGAAACUGGGAAUCUGAAAAUGAAAAGGAUAAAGGAUUUAUGAAAUUCAAUAUAUCAGGUAUAAGUUAAGUAUUUGAAAAUUAGAAUAAGGAAAAAGAUGAAUAAUCAUAAUCAAAUCAGAAUUUUAGAUAAGUUAAAUAAUAAGAUACAGAAGUUGUUAAUGAUUCAUUAUUUAAGAAAAUGAAAAAUCUUAGAAAAGUUUUAUAAAGAUACAAUAAUAAAACAUUUACCUUAAGAGAAAACAAAGAAGAAGACUUUUAAGUUUUGAUUAAAAUAUAGAUAUGUUAAAUAUUUUCUUAUUUAAUGGAUGUAUCACAAGAUUAUUGGAUAGAUAAUGCUUUAGAGUAUUAUAAAUCUCUAUAGUAAAAUAAAUAAUUGAAUGAGGAAAUUAAAGAUGAAGACUUAGUUAAGUUAUUUCCAGAAGAAAUAUUAAUGUCAGGAGAAUAAUGGGUAGACAAACCAGAUAGUGAUAGAAGAAUAAAUAAAACAUUAGCUCCCGUUUUAAAAAGUUUUGAUGAAGUCUUAAGAAGACCAUUUAUAGAAGUAUUACUAAUUUCUUUGUAUUUUUCAAGAAACCCAUAAUUAGAGAAUCAAAUAGUUGAAUUAAUUUAAAGGUUUGCUAGAUAAAAAAAAGAAUUCUUACAACAUUUUGACAAUAUAUAGAUUUUAGAUACUAAUGAGUCAUAAUAAUUGUUUAAUGUAUGGGUUUAAAUGACAUCUAUAUUAAAAAAUAAUGUUCAAAGAAGUUAAACAUGGAUUACAGAAAAUAACAGAAUUAUGAAUCAAACUCUAUAAUGUCUAUGGAAAAUAGAUAGUAUAUUUUAAUAAACAGAAAGUGUUUCACUAAAAUUAAAAUAAUAAAUAUUUGAACAUAUAGGUGGUUAUGAAGUCUUAAUUGAAUUGAUAUACAAAGCUUUAACAGUUAUUGAUUAAAAAACUUUUCCUCCAGAUUUAAUUAUAUUAUUAAAACAUACUAUGACUAUUAUGUCUUAUUUUGCCAAAGAUAAUGAAAGAAAUUCUUUAACUGUUUAUAAAAAGGUUGUCAGUAAAAUUAUUUCGAAUACCAAUUAAAAUAUUGGCUAAAUAACUUUGAUUUGUUCAUUAUUUGAAAAGAAACCAACUUUAUAUGGGUAACUUGGAUAAUAAGAAUAUGAUUAUUUUAUUAAAUUAAUAAAAGAACAUGGAAGAUAUCCUGAAUUUUUGUAAUUUUAUUUAGAAAUUAUAGAAGUUACAGAAAUAUAUUCAAAAAAGUCAGUUGAUAUGUUCGAAAUUAUAAUAGAGAAAUUAACAGAACCUAUUGCACAUGAUUAAGAUGAUUAAAAUCCAUUAUAUCCAUUUUAACCUUCUAGUAAAAUCACAGGCUUUUUUGAUUAUACUCCUAAUAAGACUAAAUACUAAUUUUAUUUCAUCAAUAUAAUAUCAAAAUGUUUGUCAAAAAAAAUAAGAGCUUCACUUAUUAGUUAGGCUAUUGAAUUUUUAAAAUUGUAUGAUCUUUUAGAUCAAACAUUAUUAAUAACAUAAAGAAUAUUAGGGUCUAUUAAAUAAAAAGAGAAGCCUCAUCCUGAAGACAUUUAAUUAUAAAAUGAUUAUUGGAACAUUAUCAAAACAAUGGUAUUUCAUAAACCAGAAAAACUUGAUGAACUUAUGCUUCCUAUAAAUUCCGAAAUUCUUAAUAAAAUACUUACUGAUGAACAUAAGGCAAUCAAACUUAAAGAUUAAUUUAUACCUUAAAAUUUAAAUUAUUUGUUUGAUUCAUUAUUACCUGUUGUGAAUAGAUAUAAUGAAUUAUUACAAAAUGCCUUAUUAUCAUCUGAAAAAGACUAACGUUAAAUAAGCGAAUUUGUAUCUUUUUUUUUAGAAAAUCUUGAUAAAAUGUUUUUUUUGGCACCAGCAGAAUUAACUAAUAAUAAAUAAAGAUUAAAAACUAUAUCUGAUUUGGGUUAAUGUUUCAAUAUAUAGAUACCAAUAAAAUUCUUUUAGCCAGAUCCUAAUAUCUCCUAAGAUGAAAAAACUAUGGAUAUACAAACUCAAUAUAAUAUUACCCCAGAAAAUUCAUCAAUAAACUAAUUUCGAAAAAAAUGUUUUGGAUAAGAGUUUGUUAAAGAAUUAGUUAAAAAAGAAUCAUUAAAAUUGUCAAAUUCGAUUUGGACAAUCCAAAACAUGUUUAAAGAUGACAAAAGAUAAGAGGUAAAGGAUCUUUUAUUGACAAAUUCAGAUAUUAUAGUUAAAAUUUUGACUUAUUUAGAAUUUUGGAAAACAAAUGGAGCAAGUAGAGAGAAUAUUAUCUUUAUUCUUAAAGUAUUAUCAGCAAUACUAAAGGAUACAGAAAAUGAAUUAUAUGAGAGAUAAGUACUAUUUAAUAGAAUGAAUGCAACUUAAAUAUUGAUUGUAUUAUUAUGUGAGGCUGAAUUAGAACCAGUUUAUAUGGGUACUAUAAUGUCAUUUAUGAUCUUACUUCUGAGAAAUGGAAAUUAACACGUUUAAAAAACUGCAUAUGAAUAUUUUUUAUCAAAUACCUAAUGCGAAAAGUUUUUUAAAUAACUCAAGAAUGUUCUUGAUAUCUAAAUAUUAUCAAUGAGUAGAGCUCAUAAACUUAAUUAUCAAGAAAAUAAAUUAGUUUGCAAAGCUUUAAAAUUAAUAUAAUUAUUUUGUGAAGGUCAUAAUUAAGAUCUUUAAAAUUAUAUGAGAUCUUAAAGUAAUUAGAAAAAUAGUUUUGAUUUAGUUUCUUAGAUUGUAUUAUUGCUAUCUACUUUUUAAAUUUCAAAAGCAAAUUUCGAAAGUGUUUUAUAAUGUUUUGAAACUCUUACAGAACUAAUUCAAGGACCAUGUAAAUAAAAUUAAUAAACCUUACUUAAAAGCAGUCUUUUAGAGUAUGUUGUCCUGAUUUUAUCAGAAGAUGAAAAAAUAUUUGAAUAAUCAAAUGAAUUUUUCAAAUAUGAUGGGGAAAAAUAAUAUAAAUUAGCAAUUCAUCCAGGGUAAUUGGCUAAAUUAAAAUUUAAAUGCUUAAAUUGUUUAGUAUCAUUAUUAGAAUGUUGUGAGCCUUAAAAUUCUGAUAUUGCUAGAUUAGUAAGAGUUAUUCCAUUAAGUGUUUUAACAAACAAUUUAACAAGGGUUUAUAAAUUAUUUAAAAAUUAAUUUGGAGCAAUUUAUAAAGAGGAGAUAUUUAAAAGAGCUGAGAAUGAAAUAACUAAUGAAUUACCUGCAUAAGAAUAAGAAUUUAUUAUAGAGAAUGGAUUUUAUAUAUUUUUAUUGAUCUAAUAAUUUCUUGGAAAUUAAAAAGCUAAAUAAUUGUUAUAUGAAGAUCCUGAAAUGAAUGAUGUAUUAAAUGAAUUUGCUGAAAAUAAUGAAAAAGAAGAAGAUAAUGCAAUAGCAAAUAUAUUUUCAGGAUUAGAAAAUAUAGCUAAAAUGGGAGGAAAUCUAAUAGGAUAAAUAGGAUUGACUUAAAAAUCAGAAGAAGAAAUGCGAUAAGAAAAGUUACUUUAAGAAAAAUUAGAGUAAAAAGAGUUAACAAAAAAUGCAAUAAAGUUUUUUAGAUAAAACACUUGUUCAAUUGAUAUGAUAAGAGAUUAAAAGCUUUAUACAAUUUAUUUUCCAAAAUUACCAAUUUGCAAAUUACCUAAAACUGCAAGAAUGGAAUUUCAUGAUUAAGUUGAUAGGACUAGCAGUAAGACAAAAUUAACAUAUUUAAUGGAAAGAGCAAAUUUUCUAAUAAAGGUAAUGGAAUAUGAAGAAAAAUUGAAUUAAGUAUUUGCUAAGAAUCCUAUUUUCGCAUUUUUCGCAACAUCUGGAAAAUUAUGGGAGAACUGUGCAUUUGUAACAACAUUAGUUAUAAAUCUAAUUGUAUUAUUAAGUUACUCAUAAUCAUUUUAUAAUGAAGGUGCUUCUGAUUCUACAGGUGAUUUGAUAUACGAAAGAUUACAGGAUCCUAGAUUAUUGGAAUAUUCAGAUUUUAAGUGGACACCUAUCUUAAUACAAGGAUUGGGAAUCACAAUGUUAGUCUUUAGUUCUUUAAUAGUAUUUUUCUUUAUAGUGAAAAGAGCACCUCUAAAAGUUGAUCAUAUUUGGGAAGAUUAUCAAAAACCAAAGACAAUAAUGAAAAUGAUUGGAGAUCUAAGUAUAAGAGGAAUAAAAAGUUUAAUAAUUUUAUUAUAGGAUCCAGAUAUUUUAUAUUAUUGUAUUUAUAUUAUUGCUGGAAUUGUAGGAUUAACAGUGCAUCCAUUUUUUUUUGCUUUUCAUUUGAUGGAUUUCUUGAAGUUAGAACAAUUAAAAACUGUUUUAGAUGCCAUCUGGGGCCCAAGAUAAGAAAUAGGAUUAGCACUUUUAUUAUUGGCUGUAGUUGAGUACUAUGUGGGAAUUCUUGGGUUCGUUAUAUUUUUUAAUGAUUAUCCAAUAGUAGAUGGAACAAGCUGUAGAAUACUAUCUGACAAUGAUUAAAUAAUUUGUGAAAAAGGAUGUAGUACAUUAUGGUAAUGUGUUUUUAUGAGUUUUGAUUUGACAUUCAAAUUCACAGGUGCUUUAGGAGUAGCAAUAAAGGAUUAUGAUACAAUUACAGAAAUAUCAUAAAAAUAUGAUAUGGUAGAAAAUGGUUGGGAUAGAUUAAUCUAUUCAUAAAAUGAAUAUGAUGGAGUUUUUCAUAGAUAUACUUCUAAUUACUUUAGUCGUUUUGUUUUUGAUAAUGCAGUUAAUAUUGUAUUGGUGAUGAUUAUGCUCAAUAUGAUACAAGGUAUUAUUGUUGAUACUUUUGGUUCAUUGAGAGAAAAACUUCAAGAAAGAAUUAAAGAUUAAACUAUGAAAUGUUUUAUAUGUGGUAUCACAAGAGAAAAAUUUGAAAAAAAUGAUGAAGGAGGAGGCAUGGGUUUUUAGGAACAUAUUGAAUUAGAACAUUACAUGUGGAAUUACAUUUAUUAUUAUGCUUAUUUGAAACACAAAGAUGAAAAUGACUAUAAUGGAAAUGAAUCCUAUAUAUAAUCUAAGAUAGAUCUCAAGGAUAUAAGUUGGAUGCCUAUUAAAAGGUAAUAUUUAAUUCAAAUUUUUAGAGCACGAUUUGCUGAAGAAGAAAUGGAUGAUUAAUAGAAGGGUAAUGAAAUCUAGGAAGCUAUUGAAAUUAAAAUGAAAGCCUUGAAUGAUUCAUUAGAGAAGAUUUAAGAUCGAAUGAAACAUUUUAUUGACAUUAUAAAUAAUCAACCUGUUAGUAUGACAGAAACCUUUCAUUGA